AUGUCUCUACUACCCCCCGAGGUCCAUACCGCGCUGUCACAGCUCCUGCGCGCUCUCGUCACGCCCGACAACACCAUUCGAUCGCAGGCUGAAGAGCAGCUCAACAAUGAUUGGACUCAGAACAAGCCGGAUGUCCUUCUGAUGGGACUCGCCGAGCAGAUUGGCGGCGUCGAAGAACAAAUGAUUCGCUCCUUUGCAUGUGUCCUCUUCCGGAGAAUUGCCACGAAAACCCGCAAGGACCCCGCCACCGGAGACGCCAAGGAGAUCUUCUUGAGUCUACCUACCGAACAGAGAGUAGCUAUUCAAGAAAAGCUGCUGUUAUGUCUUGCCAACGAGACUGUUCCUGAUGUGCGCAGAAAGAUUGGAGAUGCCGUGGCCGAGGUUGCACGCCAAUAUACCGAUAAUAACGGCCAAUGGCCCGAGCUGCUUGGUGUUCUCUUCCAAGCUAGCCAGUCUCCCGAGUCUGGUCUGCGCGAGACAGCUUUCCGCAUCUUCACAACUACCCCCGGCAUUAUCGAGAAACAGCAUGAGGAGGCUGUGUUGGGAGUAUUCACUAAGGGAUUCAAGGAUGACAACAUUACAGUGCGAAUCGCUGCUAUGGAGGCUUUCGCUGCUUUGUUCCGCAACCUACCCAAGAAGGCCCAGACCAAGUUUUUCCCUCUCAUGGGUGAUCUUCUAAACAUUCUGCCUCCCCUCAAGGAGGCCAGUGAGAGUGAGGAGCUCUCGUCAUCAUUCCAGGCGCUGAUCGAGCUGGCUGAAAUCAGCCCGAAGAUGUUCAAGGGUUCAUUCACCGACUUGGUCAAGUUCAGUAUCAGUGUUAUUGCGGACAAGGAGCUUAGUGAUCAAGUCCGCCAGAAUGCAUUGGAACUUAUGGCCACCUUUGCUGACUAUGCUCCCAAUAUGUGCAGAAAGGAGCCCAACUUUGCACAAGAGAUGGUCACCCAAUGUUUGAGUCUGAUGACCGAUGUUGGUGCCGAUGACGAUGAUGCCGAGGAGUGGAAUGCGUCCGAGGACCUUGAACCUGAGGAGAGCGACCUUAAUCACAUUGCCGGUGAGCAAUGUAUGGAUCGUCUGGCCAACAAACUCGGUGGACCGGCCGUGCUUCAGCCCGCUUUCUCUUGGAUCCCCCGCAUGAUGUCUUCGACCUCUUGGCGUGAUCGUCACGCUGCUCUGAUGGCCAUCUCUGCCAUCUCCGAGGGCUGCCGUGACCUGAUGGUUGGUGAAUUGGACCAGGUUCUGGCUCUGGUCGUCCCUGCUCUGCGUGAUCCUCACCCCCGUGUUCGUUACGCCGGUUGCAAUGCCCUUGGUCAGAUGAGCACCGACUUUGCCGGAACCAUGCAGGAGAAGUACCACGGCAUUGUUCUGAACAAUAUCAUCCCUGUGCUGAGCUCCCCUGAACCCCGUGUACAGUCUCACGCUGCUGCUGCCUUGGUCAACUUCUGCGAGGAAGCCGAGCGCAGCAUCCUGGAGCCGUAUCUUGGUGAUCUUCUGAGCCGUCUUUUGGAGCUUCUGCGCAGCCCCAAGCGCUACCUGCAGGAGCAAGCCUUGUCCACUAUUGCCACCAUCGCUGACUCUGCCGAGACUGCUUUUGGUCAGUACUACGCGACCUUGAUGCCUCUGCUUCUCAACGUGCUGCAGGAAGAACAGGGCAAGGAAUACCGUCUGCUCCGCGCCAAGGCUAUGGAGUGCGCAACCCUCAUUGCUCUCGCUGUCGGCAAAGAGAAGAUGGGCCAAGACGCUCUGAACCUGGUGCAGAUUCUCGGCCACAUUCAGCAGAACAUCGUUGAUACCGACGAUCCUCAGUCUCAAUAUCUCCUCCACUGCUGGGGCCGUAUGUGUCGCGUUCUAGGCCUCGACUUUGUCCCGUACCUGCCUGGUGUCAUGCCUCCUCUGUUGACCGUGGCGGCUGCUAAGGCUGACAUUCAGCUGCUUGAUGAUGAGGAUCAGAUCGAACAGGUUGAACAGGAUGAGGGAUGGGAGCUUGUGCCUCUCAAGGGCAAGAUCAUCGGUAUCAAGACCAGUGCUCUCGAAGAAAAGAACACCGCUAUCGAACUUAUUACCAUCUAUGCUCAAAUUCUUGAGCAGGCAUUUGAACCCUAUGUCAUGGAGACUAUGGAGAAGAUUGCCGUUCCUGGCCUUGCAUUCUUCUUCCACGACCCUGUCCGUGUGUCGUCUGCUAAGCUUAUCCCGCAGCUACUUAACUCUUACAAGAAGGCCCACGGUGAUCAAUCACCAGGUUUUGCCGAGUUGUGGAACAAGGUGGCGGAGAAGAUCAUUGAGGUUCUUAGCGCCGAGCCCACUGUCGACACACUAGCCGAAAUGUACCAGUGCUUCUAUGAGUCUGUUGAGGUUGUUGGCCAAAACAGUUUGACUCCCCAACAUCUCCAGGCGUUUAUCGACUCAGCCAAGUCGACUCUCGAGGAUUACCAGAUGCGUGUGAAGCAGCGACUGGAAGAACAGGCUGAGCUUGAAGAGGGUGAGGAUGAGAACUUGGACUACGAGUAUGCCAUCGAGGACGACCAGAACCUGCUCAGUGACAUGAACAAGGCUUUCCACACUAUUUUCAAGAACCAGGGCAUUUCUUUCCUACCCGCAUGGCAGCAACUGAUCCAGUUCUACGACAACUUCAUCACCAGUCAGGAUCCCACACAGCGACAAUGGGCGCUUUGCAUCAUGGACGAUGUGCUGGAGUUCUGUGGUGAUGAGUCUUGGGCUUACAAGGAUCACAUUAUGCAGCCCCUGGCUGCUGGCCUGCAGGACCCUAAUGCAGCCAACCGUCAGGCAGCUGCCUAUGGUGUCGGUGUUGCUGCACAGAAGGGUGGUGCUGCAUGGAGCGACUUUGUCGCUGCCAGCAUUCCCAGUCUUUUCCAGGUCACCCAGAUUCCUCAAUCUCGCUCCGAGGAGCACGUCUUUGCUACUGAGAAUGCUUCGGCCAGUAUUGCCAAGAUUUUGCACUUCAAUGCCUCCAAGGUACUGAAUGCCCAGGACAUUGUUCCCACUUGGAUAGAUACUCUCCCCAUCAUUUAUGAUGAGGAGGCCGCACCAUACGCGUAUUCUUUUAUUUCACAGUUGAUUGACCAACAAAACCCUGCUGUUUUCAGCAAAGCUGACCGCGUGUUCGGAUUCAUUGUUCAGGCUCUCGACGCCGCCACCUUGCAAGGUCAAACCGCAGCUCGUGUCGUUGAAUCAGCCAAGCGACUGGUCGCAGCCACAGGACUGAAUGCCGAACAGAUCUUGGCUGGCGUCAAUCCCGAUAACCAGGAACGAGUCCAGAAAUUCUUCCAGUAG